UGCGCUCGAUGAGGCGCACGCUACAGCGCGCAUGCGCAGUGGUUGUCUCCCUUUUUCGCCAUGGCUCCGCUGAGGAGGCAAGCUGUGCCCAGUAAAGGUGGCAAGAAAAAGAAGCAAGUGCUGAAGUUCACUCUGGACUGCACUCACCCGGUUGAGGAUGGCAUCAUGGAUGCAGCCAACUUUGAGCAGUUCCUUCAGGAGCGCAUAAAAGUGAACGGCAAAGCAGGAAACCUCGGCGGCGGAGUCAUAACAAUUGAGAGAAGCAAAAGCAAGAUCACAGUUUCUUCUGAGAUUCCUUUCUCCAAAAGGUACCUGAAGUAUCUUACCAAGAAGUAUUUGAAGAAGAAUAACCUCAGAGACUGGCUGCGGGUCGUGGCUAAUACGAAGGAGAGUUAUGAACUUCGCUACUUCCAGAUCAACCAGGAUGAGGAGGACGAAGAGGAUGAAGAUUAAACUGUUUCUUUUUCUGUUUAAAUAAUUUCAUUUAACAAUGAUUUUCAGCUUUUUUUUAAGUCUUAGAUUGCUCUUCAGUAAUUAAACCACACACUGGUUUGCUCAAAAUAAAAAAAAAAAUACGAAAAAA